AUGCUCGCAGGCCUCCUGUGCCGCGACAACGUCCACCUCGUCAUCGGCGCCGGCUCCCUCGCCGCCACCCGCUGCACCCAGUCCCUGGCCGCCGGCGCGCGACCGGUGCUCAUCGCGCCCGGCUGCGACGACGACUUGCACCACGCGCUGCGCGCCAGGAUCGACGAGGGCGCCGUGCGGUGGGAGAACAAGGCCUUUACAGACGACGACCUGUUCACCCUCGGAAGGCCCGACGUCGACGGCGUCGUCGAUGCCGUCUUCGUCACCAGGGGCCGCAACGGCCGCGGCCCUCACACGCAGGAAGCCGCCCGCAUCGCCGCCCUGUGUCGCCGCCACCGCGUGCCCGUCAACGUCGUCGACGCCCCCGCGCUGUGCACCUUCACCCUGCUCUCGGUCCACGCCGACGGGCCGCUGCAGGUGGGCGUCUCCACGAGCGGCAACGGCUGCAAGCUUGCGUCGCGCAUUCGCCGCGAGGUUGCCGCGUCGCUGCCGCGCGGCCUGGGCCUGGCGUGCGCGCGCCUGGGCGAGGUGCGCAGGCGCGUCUACGGCCUUGACGAUGAUGAUGGCGGUGGUGGUGGUGGUGGUGGUGGUGAUGGUGGUGGUGGCGGCCAGCUCGACGACUCGCUUGGCCAGAGGAUGCGCUGGCUAGGCCAGGUCUGCGAGUACUGGCCCCUCAAGAAACUUGCCACCAUUGCCGACGACGACGUCGACCGCCUCCUCGCCACCUGUCCAGGCUUCACCGACGCCGACGACGACAACGACCCCACCAACCCCCCCAGAACCGGCAAACUCAUCCUCGCCGGCAGCGGCCCCGGCCAUCCGUCGCUGCUGACCCGCGCCACCCUCGCCGCCAUGCAGCGCGCCGACGUCGUCCUGGCCGACAAGCUCGUCCCCUCGGCCGUGCUCGACCUGAUCCCGCGCCGCGUCCCCGUCCACAUCGCCCGCAAGUUCCCCGGCAACGCCGACCGCGCCCAGGACGAGCUGCUCGAGGCCGCCCUCGCCGGCGUGCGCGCCGGCCGCUGCGUCCUGCGCCUCAAGCAGGGCGACCCCUUUCUCUACGGCCGCGGCGGCGAGGAGCUGGCCUGGUUCCGCGAGAGGGGGCUCGCCCACCGCGUCGCCGUCCUGCCCGGCGUCACCAGCGCCCUGAGCGCGCCCUUGUUCGCCGGCAUCCCCGUUACCCAGCGCGACGUGGCCGACCAGGUCCUCGUCUGCACCGGCACCGGCAAGAAGGGGAAGCCACCCGCUCCCCCUGCCUACGUCGCCACUCGCACCGUCGUCUUCCUCAUGGCCCUGCACCGCAUCACCGGCCUUGUCGCCGAGCUCACCACCCACCUUGACCCGGAAACCCCCGACCUCGUCGUUCCCCAGGACAUCGCCGCCGACAAGGGGCGCGCCCUCUGGCCCCCGACCACCCCUUGCGCCGUCGUCGAGCGCGCCAGCUGUCCCGACCAGCGCGUCAUCCGCACCACCCUCGCCCACGUCGCCCAGGCCGUCGACGCAGAGGGCAGCCGCCCGCCCGGCCUGCUCGUCGUCGGCGCCGCCUGCGAGGUGCUGUACUCGCCACCAGACCGCGACGCACAAGACCCACGGCCUCCCUGGAUCGUUGAAGAAGGCUUCCGCGGGCUCGACGAUGUGGACGACAUGAACGCUAGCUUCGGCAUCGACCUCGACGACAAGCAUCACUCGCCUGUGCCCGAGGCAGCGGUGCGCGUCGGCGAAGCAUGA